AGGCAAGAGAUGGCCCAUAAAAAAGUCCAAAUGUCUACUCUCUCUCUCUCUCUCUCUCUCUAAACACUGAGAGGCCUCCAAGUCAUUCAUUCUAUGAAUCUAUGAAUCUAUGAAUCUAUGAAUCUAUCUUUACAGUUCGCACAUCAGUGUCUACAUUUCCCUGUCUAGUGUCUGCUUACUGGAGUGGUGUCUCAGUCUCAGUCUUAGCAUACUCUCAUAGACCCAAUCCAAAUGACAAAUCCCAAACUCUGAAAUCAAAACCCCCAAAUCCAUAACUCAUUUUCCUCUUCUUCCUCAAUUCUCAAAGAAAACAUGGUCGGAAAACCUGAGCCGGUCAACGGCACAGCCACUGCGAAGACCAGCCCAUCUCCGUCCCCAGCCAUCUCCAUGUCAGGGCUGAAACCAGAUCUCCUCAACAACCUCUCAUUCAAAACCCUAAAACUCAAAACCAAGCAGCAGGAGCUCCUGAUCCGAGUCUCCAUCCUCUGCUUAGUCUACAUCCUCGCCUUCAUUACGCGCCUCUUCAGCGUCCUUCGCUACGAGUCCAUGAUCCACGAGUUCGAUCCCUAUUUCAAUUACCGCACUACCCUCUACUUGACCGAGAAGGGCUUCUACGACUUCUGGAACUGGUUCGACUCCGAGAGCUGGUACCCCCUCGGCCGGAUCAUCGGCGGCACCCUCUACCCCGGCCUCAUGGUCACCGCCGCCCUCAUCUACUGGACUCUCCGAUUCCUCAGCUUCGCCGUUCACAUUCGCGAGGUCUGCGUUUUAACGGCGCCGUUUUUCGCCUCCAACACCACCCUCGUCGCCUAUUUUUUCGGCAAAGAGAUUUGGGACACCGGCGCCGGCCUUGUCGCCGCCGCUUUGAUCGCCAUUUGCCCCGGUUACAUCUCCAGAUCGGUCGCCGGCUCCUAUGACAAUGAGGGUGUCGCCAUUUUCGCCCUGCUCUUGACCUUUUACUUGUUUGUGAAGGCCGUCAACACCGGCUCGCUCGCUUGGGCCUUGGCCUCGGCGUUCGGCUAUUUCUACAUGGUCUCUGCUUGGGGAGGUUAUGUCUUUAUUAUCAACUUGAUUCCGCUUUACGUUUUGGUGCUUUUGAUCACCGGUCGCUAUUCCAUGAGGUUGUAUGUCGCCUACAAUUGCACUUAUAUUAUCGGAAUGUUGCUCGCUAUGCAAAUUCGCUUUGUCGGCUUUCAGCACGUGCAGUCUGGCGAGCAUAUGGCUGCCAUGGGCGUCUUCUUCUUGAUGCAGGUAUUUUACUUCUUAGAUUGGGUCAGGCACCUGCUGAGUGACACAAAGAUGUUUCAAGCCUUUCUAAGGAUCACUGUCACCUGUGCAGUAGGCGUUGGUGCCGUUGCUUUGGGAGUCGGCACUGCAUCUGGGUAUAUCUCUCCAUGGACCGGACGGUUUUAUUCCUUGCUAGACCCAACUUAUGCCAAGGAUCACAUUCCCAUUAUUGCAUCUGUCUCUGAGCAUCAGCCAACGGCUUGGUCAUCUUUUAUGUUUGAUUUCCAUAUCUUACUCUUCCUUUUCCCUGCUGGUCUCUACUUCUGCUUCAAGCGGUUGUCAGAUGCCACUAUAUUUAUAGUUAUGUAUGGUCUUACAAGCAUGUAUUUCGCUGGUGUCAUGGUUCGGUUAAUUCUUGUUGCCACACCUGCAGUUUGUCUUAUUAGUGCCAUUGCUGUCUCUGCUACUAUAAAGAAUUUGACACAGUUGGUAAGGGCAAAGAACAAGGUUUCCCAGACGGGUUCCACCAAAGGAGGCAGCAGCACAAAAGGCUCUUCGAAGGGCUCUGUUGAUCAAUCUCAGCCUUUUCAAAGAAAUGGUGCUUCUGUCUUACUUUUUGGUGCAUUUUACUUGCUUAGUAAGUAUGCAACCCACUGUACCUGGGUCACGUCAGAGGCAUACUCAUCUCCCUCAAUUGUUUUGGCUGCAAGAGGUGCCCAUGGGAACAGGGUCAUUUUUGAUGACUAUCGUGAGGCAUACUUUUGGCUUCGUCAGAAUACUCCUCCAGAUGCUAAAGUGAUGUCAUGGUGGGAUUAUGGGUACCAAAUCACUGCAAUGGGAAACAGAACUGUCAUAGUUGACAAUAACACCUGGAACAAUACACACAUUGCUACGGUUGGGCGUGCAAUGUCAUCUUAUGAAGAUGAGGCAUAUGAGAUAAUGAGAUCGCUUGAUGUGGAUUAUGUCUUAGUUGUAUUUGGUGGUGUUACUGGUUAUUCUUCUGAUGAUAUCAACAAAUUUCUGUGGAUGGUGAGAAUUGGGGGUGGAGUGUUUCCUGUGAUUAAGGAGCCCGAUUACCUCGUUAAUGGUGAAUAUCGUGUUGACAAAGGUGCAGCACCCAAGAUGUUGAACUGCCUCAUGUACAAGCUGUCUUACUAUCGAUUUGGAGAGCUGACGACAGAGUAUGGCAAACCACCUGGGUAUGAUCGUGCACGGGGGGUUGAAAUUGGAAAUAAGGAUAUCAAACUUGAACAUCUGGAAGAGGCAUUCACGACAUCUAAUUGGAUUGUUCGUAUUUACAAAGUCAAACCACCUAAUAAUAGGUGGUAGAUCUGGCUCUCUUACUGCUGCUACAGAAAAGACAGUAAUUGAACAUGGUAGAUGAAAGCCUGAGAGCUUGGAGUCUUGAAAUAUAGUUUUUAGUGGUAGUAAGUAAAGCGUAUGGAUUUCCUUUAGAGUUGGUUUGUGGCACUCAAGGCUUAUUACUGAUAUGAUCGGGAACCGCCUAAAUGGAUUUGCGGUCUUUUUUGCCUCGGUUAAUUACAACGGUUUUGUUCAUUGUAUCGUUGAGACAUAGAUAUGAUUCACAAUGUAA